AUGACCGCGCGGGGCGCCGCCGGGCGCUGCCCUCCCACGACAUGGCUGGGCUCUCUGCUGCUGCUGCUGGCCUGUCUCCUGGUGAGCAGUGUUGCUACCAAGGAGGUGUCGGAGAACUGUAGCCACAUGAUUGGGAACGGACACCUGCUGUUCCUACAGCAACUGAUUGACAGUCAGAUGGAGACCUCGUGCCAAAUUUCCUUCGAGUUUGUAGACCAGGAGCAGUUGGAUGAUCCUGUGUGCUACCUUAAGAAGGCAUUUCUCCUGGUGCAAGACAUAAUGGAGGAUACCAUGCGCUUCAAAGACAACACCCCCAAUGCCAAAGUCAUUGUCCAGCUCCAGGAACUCUCUCUGAGGCUAAAGAGCUGCUUCACCAUGGACUCUGAGGAGCAGGACAAGGCUUGUGUCCGAACAUUCCAUGAGACGCCUCUCCAGUUGCUGGAGAAAAUCAAGAAUGUCUUUAAUGAAACAAAAAAUCUCCUUAAAAAGGAUUGGAACAUUUUCAGCAAGAACUGCAACAACAGCUUUGCUAAAUGCUCCAGCCAUGAUGUGGUGACCAAGCCUGAUUGCAACUGCCUGUACCCCAAAGCCACCCCUAGCAGUGACCUGGCCUCUGUCUCCCCUCAGCAGUUCCCCACCCCCUCCACAGCCCCUAUGGCUGGCUUGACCUGGGCUGACUCUGAGGCAACAGACGGCAGCUCCCUCUUGCCCAAAGAGCAGGCCCUUCGCACAGUGGACCCGGGCAGUGCCAAGCAGCGACCACCCAGGAGCACCUGCCAGACCUUUGAGUCGCCAGAGACCCCACGCGUUGAGGGUCGCCCCACUGGAGAUUCUCCUCAGCCCGGCCCUUCGGUUGGAGCCCCUGUCACUGGGAUGGAAGACAUUCUUGACUCUCUGCUGGGUGCUAACAUGGCCCUGGAAGAGGCCUCCGGAGAGGCUAGUGAGGGUCCUAUACCCCAAGGGGCAGAGUUUUCCUCCUACAGUCUGGGAGGACGCAGGGUCCAGACAGAGCCUUCCAGCCCCAGUCACAUCCUCCCAGCAUCUUCAGCACUCUCUGGACCAAGAAAGGGGCUGCGGCUUGCAGAUGCAACUAGCACACACCUGCCCACACUGGGCCCCAUGAGACCCACGGAGGCCUGGAGUCACACACCUGAGAAGACAGAUCGUCCCUCUGCCUCGCCCAGAGACCACCAGGAGCCAGGCUUGGCCAAGACCCCAGCGCUGCGCCCACAAGGCCUCAGCAGUCCCUCCGCCCCCUCUUCUCAGCCAAAGCUCCCCAGAAGUCACUCCUUGGGCCACGUGCUGUCCCUUGGGGAACUGGAAGGCAGGAGGAGCACCAGGGACCGGAGGAGUCCUGCAGAGCUGAAAGGAGGACAAGCAAGUGAGGGGGCAGCUAGGCCCCCGGCCCGUUUUAACUCCGUUCCUUUGACUGACGCAGGCCAUGAGAGGCAGCACAAGGAAGCCUCCGACCCCCAGCUCCCUGGUUUUGUCUUCCGCCUGCUGGUGCCCAGUAUCAUCCUGGUCUUGCUGGCCGUCGGCGGGCUCCUGUUCUACAGGCGGCGGCGGCGGAGCCAUCGAGAGCCACAGAUGGUAGAUCCUCCCAUGGAGCAACCAGAGGGCAGCCUCCUGACCCAGGAGGAGGACAGACAGGAGGAACUGCCAGUGUAG